GCUUCUGCAGGUGGUUAAACAAAAUGUAGAAAGGUCAGUAAAAGUAAAAUAGAAAGAAGUAUCGUUCUCAUAACUGUGAAAUCGGGGAAGAAUUAAUUCUAAUGGCUAAGCCAAUCGUGAGGCUUGAAAAAGUGUUGACAUUUUGUUCGGACAUCUCACACGUGAUUUUUCAUGAUAUCUAGUGAAUAAUCUUAAUAUUCGGAUCAACCUUCGGAAACCUUUAAACUCUACUUUUUAAAUUAAAACCGUAAUUGUAGAGGACACAGCUACCAUAAAAUCUUUACAAAAUUUUCUUGAAGUUGAUCGUUUUUAACGGCAUGAAAGUUUCUCCCGAAAAUGAAGAUGAAGACGUUGAACACGGUCAAACUCCUUCUUUCCGUUCAAAGACGGGCGAAGAGCGGGACAGAAAAAUUAGCAAAAUGAGUGUUCUAACUAUAAAUGUGGCUUCAACCGGGAAAGCCGGAGAUAGCGAGACGCAGGAAGAGGCCAAAGAAAACGAGGGUCCAAAACCGAGAUUGACUAGAAUCAGAGAACUCACGGUAGAAACGGCGAAUGCUCUCUCACCGCAGCUGUUCGCUCCCUCACUUCUGAUGAAAUUGAUGUGGUUUCUGGUUUAUUCUGCUUUCAUCUAUGUCUACAUCUUGCAGACGAUGUACACUUUGAGUGAUUACAAUUCACAUCCUGUGAUCGUCUCGGUUUAUCUCCGAACUGACGCUGUCGACCUGGAGUUCCCGGCUGUGACAAUUUGCAAUAACAACAUUGUGCGAAAAACGUCACUUUCGAGAAUCAAGUACCUGCAGGACUUAGCAUGGUUGGAUGAUUUCUCACGACAGACUCUUAAAGAUAAGCACUACAAAGACGACUAUGGACCACCCGAAUGCGAUUGGGGAAAUCAGUUCGAGUGUCGAAACGGACGAUGCAUCCCUAAUGCAUGGGUGUGCAACGGAAGGUCGGAAUGCGGCGAUGGGUCUGACGAAAACCUGAAGCAUGACGGAUGUGAAUUCUACCCUUCGCGAAACAUUUCGGAAUCAACCUGCGACCAGGGUUAUGCUUUAUGCCCGGGUGAAGUUACAUGCGCAAGGACCUGCGACAAUGUCGCAGAUUGUGUCGUGGAACGAGGCUAUGACGAGAGAAACGAAAGUGGUUGUGUCGCAUCGUGUGUUCGGGAGAUUAUUGUCUCGGAAAAAAUCGAAAAAUUGACUCUACCAACUUAUCCGAAAAAUUACUCGGCUGAUUCUAACUGCAAAUAUACUCUAUAUGCCCCUGUUGGAUUUAUAGUUGAAAUAAAGUUCACGAAAUUUGAGGUUCAAAAGAGUUCUAUGUGUCUGAACGAUUGGGUUUCACUGCGUGAUUCAAGUGGCAUGACACUUGAAGUAGAUGGAAAUUACACUUUUUGCGGAAGUUUUAAAGAAUCUGGUCUCGCAGGCAAAAAAAUAACUUCAACUGCAAGUAGCUUGAAAGUCCACUUCAUUUCAGAUUCUUUCGAAAACGCACUGGGUUUUGAAAUUGAGUACAGAGCAAUCAACAGUCGCAAGCGAAGGUCUUUCUUUCCACCAACAACUCUGUAUCCGCCUGAAACUACGAGAGACAUUCCGCCGGAGGAACCACUUGGAUUCCCUCCUGGGUACAACUCUACGGCAGCUUCCACAUUUUGGUAUUACAGUAGCAGCAGUACAACAUGGUAUGACUACUCUUCCUCCUCCACCGAACAGAGUCCGAUUUUCGAAGAAAACCUGGAUCCCAAUGGCGAUUCAGACAGCCAAGUCAGUUUCAUAGACACUGGAAACGUGUUUGAAGAAGUCAGGCAAUAUGACUGGUACAGUGCAUUCCAGCAAUCAGCAAUGCCAGACUAUUCAGACUUCAAAGCUUUCAUAACCCUAAACGCAUCCGAAAUUAUCGGAAAUGGACACCAAGUUGAGGAUUUCAUUGUUCAGUGUGUGAUUGACGGUCAACUUUGUUCCUAUCAUGACUUCAAAACUUCCCAAUAUGCGGAGUUUGGCAACUGUUUCAGCAUCAACACAGCAGUUGAUGCUUACUCCAACAAAACCAACUUGGAACCCUACAGGACCACCAAAACUGGAACCGAACACGGACUGAAACUCUCACUUUUCCUGGACAAAGACGAAUACAUCGGAAUAAUUGGGCAGAAUUCUGGCGCAAGACUUACAAUUUCAAACUCAGACGAGAGCCCGCCAAUAAACUCCAAGGGUAUCUUUUUGAGCGCAGGUGCUGCGACGAUCAUUAGCAUGGAACAAGAGAAAAUUCUGAAGCAAAAAGCACCAUUUUCAAACUGUGUUGAAAACUGGCCCGCAUUUUUGGAGCUGAGGGAAAAUUUCAAGAAGUACAGCUACACGACUGACCAUUGCAACUAUUUAUGCCAGCAAGUUGCAAUUGCGAAGCAGUGCAACUGCACUCUUCUGGCAUUUGAAAGGGACUUCAGUGCCAACGACCAAGUAGAUUCUUCAAUGCAACAACACUGCAAUUUGUUCAACAAUCAUCAGUACGACUGUGUCACGGCAGUCAAGAAAGAUUUCACAAAAAACAGAAGAACUUGCGACUGUCCUUCGCCUUGCGAGGAGCGACGGAUCGACGCUGGAGUCUCUUUGACUGAAUGGCCGACCGAAGCAUACGCGACUCACUUCGUGUCUCUGCUGAAGUCUUCACCAUCACUUAGAGUCCAACGAUUUCUGGCCAAAGCAAGGGACUUCUCGUUGGGUGGUCAGGAUGUCGAGGCACUGACUGAGAUCCUGAGAAAGAACUUCGCCAGAGUGGAGAUACAUUUUGCCACCCUCAACUACUUCCAAAUCGAGGAGUCCCCCAAGUACACAUACCAAGAUCUCUGUGGCACCCUAGGGGGCAACUUGGGCCUAUGGCUUGGCUGGAGUAUCAUGGCACUGAUUGAGAUGAUACAAUGGAUGUACUUCUGCCUACGAAUUCUGCUCAUAAAUGACUCACAAUAGAAUCUAGGAAGCAGCUUGUAUUUUCAGCGUACGUUCUCAUAAAGAAAGAUAAAUUG